AUGGUUGGUAGUCAAGUGGGCGACACCCGACCGCUGACUUGCUGUAAGUUCUCUCCUGACGGCAGCCUCCUAGCCACCUCUUCCAUGAGUGGCCUCUGCCGUCUUUGGUCCCUGCCCGACUGUCAGUUGAAGCAGAACCUGCGCGGACACACGGCUGGCGCCUGUUCUAUCGCCUGGCAUCCGCAGGCAGGUCUACAGGCCAACCAGCAGAUCUCACUGGCCAGUUCUGCCCAGGUACGUCUUGAUCCGCUGCGCUGUUUUGUCUACUUGCGACCAUGA